AGGCUCAGUCUCCAGUUUGAGUCAGAGCUAGUGACCAUGCCGUCCUGGGCUCAAGGAUAAAAGCCAUCAGGCCCAAGUGCCAUUCAUUUUCCAUUUCCAGAGUCUUUUCCACACAAAUUGGGAAUCAUCUCUGCUGAAAAGCACAGACUCCCAGUAAGAGAACAACAAAAAAAUAUGCUGUCUCAUAAAACCAUGGUGAAGCAGAGAAAACAGCAAGCAACCGCCAUCAUGAAGGAAAUCCAUGGAAAUGAUAUAGAUGGCAUAGACCUGGGCAAAAAAGUCAGCAUCCCCAGAGACAUCAUGCUGGAAGAAUUAUCCCAUCUCAGUAACCGUGGCGCCAGACUCUUUAAGAUGCGUCAAAGAAGAUCUGACAAAUACACAUUUGAAAAUUCCCAGUACGAAUCUAAAGCACAGAUGAAGCACAGUAUUGCUAUGCAGAAUGGGAAACUGGAUGGAAGUCACUUGGAAAGCAGUUCACAGCAAGCCCCAUUGACUCCUCCCAACACGCCGGACCCACGAAGCCCCCCAAAUCCUGAUAACAUCGCACCAGGAUAUUCUGGACCACUGAAGGAAAUUCCUCCUGAAAGGUUCAACACCACAGCCGUCCCAAAGUACUAUCAGUCACCCUGGGAACAGGCCAUCAGCGGUGAUCCAGAGCUUUUAGAGGCUUUAUACCCUAAACUUUUCAAGCCUGAAGGGAAGGCAGAACUGCCUGACUACAGAAGCUUUAACAGAGUCGCCACCCCAUUCGGAGGUUUUGAAAAAGCAUCAAAAAUGGUUAAAUUCAAAGUUCCAGAUUUUGAGCUGCUACUGCUGACAGAUCCCAGGUUCCUGGCCUUUGCCAAUCCCCUUUCUAGCAGACGGUCCUUUAAUAGGACUCCAAAGGGAUGGACAUCGGAGAAUAUUCCUAUCGUGAUAACAACAGACGCAAUAGAGGAGACCACCAUACCAGAAUCAGAAGACCUAUGAAAAGGUGGUUGUGACUGGAUAUGCCGCAAAGCCUCUCAGCACGAAGUUCCUGCUCCAUGAUUCUAUUUCCUGGCAAAGCGACGUACACUCUUCGUUAGUAGCAAUAAUUUAAUAGCCAUUUUUCUUUUUAUAGCAUUUAAUUUCAAUCUCAGACAGACUACUAAUAAACAAUCCAGAAUCUUA